CCGGGAAAAACUGUUGAAGAAACGGCAUUCAUCCAUUCCGUAUGCUAUAGAUCCCGUUGCUUAAUGCCGAGUCGAUCAGGACCCUGCCUCUCAACUCUCUCGUGAGAUUUCGCUGUAUGAUCCAGGAUACUGAGCUUUUGCAGGAAGUUGCUUUGUUUGCCACAUGUGCAAUUUCUCUUCCUAACGGCGAAGAGAAACUGGUUUGCUUUAGAUAUUCAGAUGGACCUAAGAAGGAAGAUACCCGGAUUAUGGAUCCUACUCAGAGCAUAAUGGACAUCAGGAAUAGCUACUACUGCGUCUCAAUCCCAGGGGAAUCACAAUGGGUCAAGGAUUAUGACCGAUCAAGGGACAGUGCCUUAGAUGUAGCACUUCAAGAUAUGGACCUUGAAGAUUCCACAUCGUCUGGAAAUGUUCCAGAACGUUACCCAUUUCAGGGCAUCGAUCACUUCGCUGUAGUCGUCAAAACUCACUCGUCUGAUAUAUCCGUCGGCGUAACAGACACGGUGGAGGUUAUUGGCGUUCUGGGCGCUAGCGAUAACCUGUUGUAUGGAGAUUCCUUUGAUUUAUUUGAGUCGUCCCGCGCCCCCAGUAUCCCGACUGUUCACGCCAUUCUCAUGCGUAAGGUCGAGGAUCAUGGACACCCAGAGCUUAGUCUGACUGGUCAUCCUGAAGCGAGUGACUUACAGCAUUAUGUCAAGGAAGCGGAAAGCAUCAGAAAGGAUCUGAUCCAAUAUAUCGCCUCAGCCGUUCAUGGAGAUCAACUAGCCGCUGAGCUGGUCCUCCUUCACUUUUUGGCCAGAGUGUACGUAUCACUCAAAAACAUAUGCCAUCUUUCCUCCUGAACGCGAAUUCGACGAAGGUGUAGCGUUUGUCAUAUUGAUCUAAUCCGCCAUCAUCCUGUAUUUCAUAGGUAUUCGAGGCCGAG